ACAAUACAAUUGUAUUUAUCAUAGACAUAAUACGUUGAAGUUAAGCGUUACAAGUAUGUAUAAUAAAGUAGCUAUAAUAACAGGCUCGUCGUCGGGCAUUGGCGCCGGGAUUGCCCUAAAACUGUCGUCAAUGGGCGCGCGGGUAGUCGUCACCGGUCGCGAUGAGCGACGCAUUCAAGCGGUGGUCGAAAAAUGCGGAUUCGUUUCCAGCGGCAAAGUGCUGGGCGUGAGGGCAGACCUACUCGUGGACACAGACGUCCGGGAUUUGGUCGACCAGACUAUAGCCGCGUUCGGUUGCAUCGAUAUACUAGUCAACAGCGCCGGUAUUAUGCGUAUCAGCCCUUUUGACGACCGGUCAUACCUCGACACGUUUGAUGAGGUUAUGAGCGGCGACUUGAGGUGUAUUCAAGUGUUGACACAUUUAGUGGUGCCGUAUAUCGAGGCGACUAAAGGCGUCAUCAUUAAUAUCUCGAGUCUAGGCGGACAACGACCGGCUGUUGAGGCAAUAGCCUAUUCCAUGGCUAAAAAUGCCCUGGACAUGUUUACCAGAUGUUUGGCAAUUGAUCUGGGCCCAAAAGGCGUUCGUGUAAAUGGAAUUGCACCAGGACCUAUUCGUACGCCUAUAAUGGAUGACAAUGUGGUGGCUAUGACCGAAAAUUACUGUCAAUCCACUUUCCCAGUGGCACGUAUUGGGGAAACCAAUGACGUGUCCGAAAUGGUGGCAUACCUGGCCUCUGACAAGUCGUCAUUUAUUACCGGAGCGAUCAUUUUGGUCGAUGGCGGCGCUGCACUCGUUUAACAAACCUAUACAAUAGUACUAUAGUAUAACUAGUAUGGGAUUUUAUAUAUUAUUCUAGAAACUAUUAUUAAAUUUUAAGGAUUAUUAGAAAAUAAAUUACACAAGCCAACUAUGACUGAACAAGAAUG